GUAGGAGGAAAUUAUACUCUCAGUUGAAAGUUCAGCUGGGAAGCAAGAUACCGUGACUGUUAGUGAAGAACUCCAUGCACAGAUUCGAUGGACUUUUUUCUUCAUUACAUUCUCUAUCUCUUAAUGCUUCCUCUCUGUGCACAAGAAUCAGAGUCUUCACAGAGAAUAAAGCACAAGAAUUAUGAAACAGCUGUCCUGGGAAGAAACGUGACCAUCUUCUGCAAUCUCACAAGUCUGGCAAAUGUUUUGCAAGUCACCUGGCAGAAAAUCCAAGGCUCUUUGCCUCACAAUAUUGGCACUUACAGCCAUACAUAUGGAGAAAAAAUUCUCCCACCAUAUGUAAAUAGGCUGCAGUGCAAGACUCUGGACCCCAGCGCCUCCUUCAUGACUAUCCAAGGAGUGACAUUUGAAGAUGAAGCCUGCUACAAGUGUCUGUUUAACACUUUUCCACACGGCAGCCAUGGAGGACAAACCUGCCUCACCAUUUUAACUGUAUCUGGACUAGUAACGGAACUCCAGUCUGCUCCUGACUCUGAAGAUCUUUAUAGCCUUCUUUGUUCAGCUGUGGGAAAGCCUGCCCCUAGAAUCUCCAUUUACCCUUCACAAAUCACAGUGCACCCACAAGAGUACUAUGUUCAGAACGCCAAUGCCACAGUGACUGUCACUAAAAUCUACAACAUCUCUUUGAAAACUGCGAGGUCCCUGGGUCUCCAUAACCUGGUUGUGUCCAUGACACACCCCAUAAGAUAUGAAGAGAAGAUAGUUCAUCUGCCAGUCGACCAAGGAGAUACCACGAAUCCUUGUUUAAACUGGAUGAUAACUGCAAUUGCAUUAAUCAUUUUGUUUUUGGUUUCAUGCACCAUCCAUGCUGUUCUAUAUAUUUAUUUCCAAAAGAAAAGGUCAGAGAACUUGCUUGAACCAUCACCAAUACAGAAUUCUAAUAAAAUGUCAACUCUGAUGUCCAUACCACCAUUAACAGAGAGUGAGAACCUAAUAACAGACACCACCAGACAGACAUAACUGGAAGAGAAGAGCCUCUGCCUUGAGUCCCCACCCAAUUAGGAAACAUCCCAGUUGCAAACCAACCCGCACACCCAGAAUCACAGAUGAAACCCAAAACCCAGUCCCAAUACCUGACGCAAUACAGUCAAACAGGUGAAGGAA